GUGUGACUUGUUUGAGGAAGUUUCCCUGUUCUUCCGCUUCACUCAUUCAUUCACGCUUAUUCUCAGGUGAAUUUAAGUUUGUGUUGUUCACAUGGCGCGCAGGAGAGCAGGUGGCCAUGAAACCGCUGGAAAUGUUCAGUCUGAGAGAAAGAAGGUGCAGGCAGCAGAAGAGCCUCUUUCUGUGAAACAGCAGCAGGAGAGGAGGAGCUGCUGGACGACUGUGUCAUUUUUCGGGAAAAUUCUCCUCCUCGUCCUUUUCGUACCACCUUUCCUUAAUUAUGCCUCGCUUCAGAGAGAAGAACAAGAGCUCAGACCAAGAGAUGCACAGUUGAUAGAUAUAGGCUUGGGCCAGAAGAUCAGCCUCAUCUGCAAAGGCCAAGGAGAACCAGUUGUGAUGCUUGACGCUCCAACUGGUAUGUCAUCUGAUAUUUGGCAUCAUGUGCAAGAGAGUGUUUCACAAACCACAAAGGUUUGUGCCUAUGACCGAGUGGGCCUGGGCUUUAGCAGGAGAGCUCUGCAGAAUGACACUACAGGCAUGGAGAAAGUGUGGAGACCAUCAACCACUGGAAGGAUGGUGGACGACCUCCACCGGUUGGUCAAGGCUGCUGAGAUAGCCACGCCCUUCAUUCUGGUUGGCUCAGAACUGGGCGCGCUGAACGGCAGGUUUUAUACUCACAUCUAUGACGCGCAAGUGUCGGACUUGGUGCUGAUCAAUCCCAUUCCAGAGGACGUCUUUGAAGAGGAGACGUGGCAGCAGUACUGGUACACACACCUGGUGCCCUCAUUACAGAUGAUGCAGCUCUCUGCAGCCACUGGUGUGAGUCGUCUUCUCCUCAUCCUGCGGCUGCUGGAGCCGAGUUUCAUUGGAGACAAUGUCUCAGGAGAACUGCUCCAACGUCAGAAAUACCUCUUGAGUAACCCGGCUCAUCAGAGCAGCGCCGUGGACGAGCACUACUUCCUGAACGAGAGCGCGUCUCAAGUCAGAGAGAUCUCCAAAUUCAAGCUGCUAUCUAGCAGAAUAUCAUUGAGCGUUAUCGUUGGGGACUCAUUUGACGAACAGCUCCCUGCUCAUCUCAACCAAGUUUUUGCUGAUGUGCAGAGGAAGUGUUUAAAGCGAGUGUACCCUCAGGCCAAGCUCAUUCACAUUCAGGGGGCGGACCGUCACAUGAUCUCUAAAAACGCGUCAUCGCAUCCCCCCCAAAAAUCCUCUCCCACCCCUUUUGUUAAGUAACAUCAAUAAAAUUACCUUCGUACAAUUGUUGUUCUUAAGGAGUUAGAAAUAUCUGCCAUGUUCCCAUUCUCCUAAUACUGCUUUCAGUAAUGUCCUUUUUUUUUUUUUUUUUUUUUUUGUUUUUUACAAAGUAUUGCAUUGAGAGCAAAUUUUUAAAAAGGGAGACCAAAAUGGAUUGCAAACUGAAAUACAAGUACUAUACAAGAAUGCUGCCAUCCUGAUGAAAACACCCACAUCUGAGUAAAAAAAAAAAUACAAAAAAGAAAGAAAGAAAGAAAAAAGACAGACCAACAGCUACAUACAUAUGCAAAGCUGGAUGUACUGUAUAUGCCAAAACAUGAGAUGCAGAGUUGUGCCUGGUUUUCCCUUCAAACCGUGUUUAAGGCUGAGAAGUCAUGAGUACUGCAAAUGACAUUUAGGCAUAUACAAAAAAAAAAACUUACAGCAAAUAAGAAUGCACAAGUGCUUCAGUAGCUAUUUUU